UCCACCGACCGGUUCGCAGGCGGUUUCCGAUUCUCUAUAUCUCCCGGCCAAAUCGUAAAUCGGCCGAUUUAAUCGGCCGAUUGGCCCAACACGUGCCGGAGUGAACGACUUCGAGUUGUGCUUCGCGUUUCGUUCAGAUCGCCACCCAGUUUUCCUCCAGAUUUAAAGGGGACCGAGUCCUUUCGAUCGCCCCAGGAUCGGCACGAGAUUCGCGUUCCAAAUCAAAUCGUAGUUUCGGGAACCCCUGUAUAAUCUCAGGAUGAUGCUCGCCGAGAAAAACGUCGAUCUUCUCGUCCUAAUAAUUGUCAAGUGUCUUCUAGUGAUACGCUGCGAAACCACGUGUGUAGGAAAAACUAUACUGAGAUCCGGUGGUAUAUCGUGCGAAGAGAAACAGAUUAUCCUGAACGAACACAAUCGAUUGAGGCAACUAGUGGCACUGGGACACAUACAUGGUCAACCUGGAGCAGAAAAUAUGAUGGAAAUGAUAUGGGACGACGAACUUGCCGCGAUAGCACAAAGAUGGGCGGAUCGUUGUGCCGAGUCGCAUGACAGCCUAAAAAAUGUCCGUAGAUUUGCAGUAGGACAGAACAUAGCUCGUACAUGGACAACUAUCCCCGGACCUUACGAUGACGAUCCGAAUUGGAGGAGACAAAUUGUUAAUUGGUUCAACGAGGUGCAAUAUCACUCCGGUUAUAGCAAAACGACCGCCCACUACACACAGUUGGUGUGGAGCGACACUUUCCUGCUGGGAUGUGGAUAUUCGUUUUACUACGAUCCUGCUCGCGGAUACAAGAAUUACGUAUGCAACUACGGACCAACCGGAAAUGUAAUUGGUGUUCAACCUUACCAAUUGGGUCAACCUGCAUGCGGCGAUUACGGAAUGUCCUACAGCAACAGAUACGCUGGAUUAUGUUCUCGUGGAAAUUAUUAUCAUCUCGGAGCUCUAUGUGUACAUGGCUAAUAUUAUUAAACACAUGGAUAUUUAUGAAGAACAUCACCUCAGAUUCCAAAAUAUGCCGAAUACGGACUACUUGUUUGCAUUAUCUCUUCUCAAAGCUCCAGGAAAAUAAACAAUUACGGUGGCGAAUAGUUCUAACUAAAACAUAUAAUAAACUAAAACAGUCAGUUGCUAUUACGCAGAUAAUAAUUAACAAAAGUUUCGUCGCGAUUAAAAAACAGUUGAUUCGCUUAUGCGUGAUAUCUCAAUUUAUUAUACACGACAAUGAGCGAAUUAUGCUUAUUACCAUGUAAAUAUGUGUCUACGAAAUAAUAAAUAUUGAAUUAGUCAAAUGUA